AUGGCUUCAUCAACGGAACUGCGCCUCGUCGCCCUCUUGAGGAGCGAUCACAUCAAGAACUCUCUCCUGCCUCUCCUCUCCACCGAGGACAUCUGCGCCAUCCGCCAGACCUCAUCCGCAUGCUGCAACCUCGUCACCAAGCGCCUCUUCACCCGCAUCCACAUCUCCUUUACUGCCUCAACAUUCACCCGCCCAGCGCGAGUUGCCGCCCUGGCCCGCAUCGGCCACCACAUUGAGCAUCUCACCUUCUAUCUGCCGCACUCAGCCGCCACUUUUCUGCCUCCUCUCAUCCAUCCCCUCUCUGGCAAUGAGAUUUCGUUCCUCUACACGCCUCAUACUAGCAUGGGAUCUGUGCUCUCGCGCCCCAAGUACGCCAACUCCGAGCUCGGUGAUAUCCUCACCCAGCAGUACCCACCCAUGUUCCACGCCGCCACCAAUGUCCCCAGCUUCAUCAACGCCAUGCGCAACCUGCCCAACAUCCGCCACCUCACUAUCCGCUGCCCCGGACAGGAUCCCCGGGAGCGCUACCGCCGCAACAUUGUCGACUACGCCCUAAUCAGCCUGCGCAUUUCCCUUGAGCGUGCUCCCCUAAACAAGCUGCAUAAGCUAUCUCUCUCUUCAGUCCACCCUUCCGCCUUCAACUAUCUCCGCCACGUCCCUGGAUUCGGAAGUGUUCCCUCCGCAGGCCGCCGCUGGAAACAGAUCCGCAAGCUCUCCAUCUCUGUCGACGCCUGGGACUUCUAUGGCUCUUCUCCCGGCCUGGACCACCUCAAGAUCAUGGACGACUACAUCCGCAACUUCGCUCCUAACCUCGAAAAGUUCGCCUUCAACUGGAUCGGCCGCAAGGGACCUUGCCCCGUAUCAUUGGCUGGGGAUCCUCUGUUUGCACCUCCGCGAUCCACUAAGAAGCUCUUCCAUGAGGUCACCUCCCCAAUGUCUCCCCUCCCUACCCGCCCAACCCGUGGGCCUAUCCACUUCCCCAAGCUGCGGUACCUCCAGAUCCGCAACUCCACUAUGAAUGCGCCCCAACUAAGCCAACUCAUCAACUCUCACCGCGGCACCGUCAAGGAAUUCGACUUUGAAAGUGUCUCCCUCGCCAACAACGGAAACUGGGACGAUGCUCUGGCGCCCCUGGAUAGUGACUCCCUAUGGUCUCGGAGCAGCAGCAUGGUCACGCCAUCCGAGUGCAGCCUCGUCACUAGCCCUAGUUCUGAAUACCUCCCGAGUCCCAGUGCUGCUGUGGCUGCGGCGAGCCGGGAGCUCAUGGAUGUUGACCUCGGUGGCUUCGCGUUUAGCGAUUCGGACCGGGAAAUCAUUGGAAGUAUGUUGGGAGGUGAUGAUGCCACCACUGUCAUGGGCCCUGCCCCUACAGAAAGCGAUGUUGGCACAAGCUUCACCACCAGGUUUAGGAAACGCUCUCGUCGUCGUCGGAGAAAGCACCGCAAUGAUGGCGACGACGCCCCAGAGAAGUCACCUCUCUCACAACAACACUCCAUCUCUGAUCAUCAAUCUCCCUUGAGUCGCUACAAACCCUCUCGCCCGUCCUAUGAAGAGGAAUUCCUUCGCCCCGAGACUCCUGUUCCCAACCCAAUCGUCGCCCCCAUCCUCAGCGCCGACCCCCAGCCCAUCCUUCUCCAGCCUACGAUAUAUGAUCCCGCCACCAAACUGGCCACCGCCGCCGCUCGCCCUGAUAACAACAUCUCCCCGGUGCAGCGCAACAUAGAACAGGAAGAGACCCACAGACUCUUCGCAGAGGACGCCGCCGCGCGCACCAGCGCCCUGCAAAAAGCCAAGGCAGCCGUCCUGACCAAGCUCAGCCGCGAGUUCUGCAACAACAAAAAAACCCGUCCCGUCGAGCCCAACGCGUGCCGCUUCCUUGCGGGCAGGGAUUUGGGCACCGCGUUUGGGCCGAACAUGGUCAUGGAGGAUUGCAGGGGGCUGGAGAGCCGAAGUGUACUGGUACCGUUAAUGUUUAGCCGGUCCUGA